AUGGAGUUGUUUGUUAAUAAACGGGCCAAACAGUAUUCAAGGUGUUGUUUGAUUAAUUGUAAAAGCCACAUUUUGGAUAAGGAAACCAUAAGUUUUUUUACUUUCCCAAAAGAACCUGCCAGAUGUGCUGUUUGGAUUGAAAAUUGCAAAUGUGAUCACCUGAAAUCGAUCAAUAAUUUGGCUGCUAACACUAAGUAUCGUGUUUGUUCUUUACAUUUUGAAACUAAUAUGUUUUCUAAUUUUCAAAAAAAUAGACUAAAGCCAGAAUCUGUACCUACAUUGUUUGAUUCCAUGGAAGUUGAUAGAGUGGAUAAACCAAAGAAUUAUGAUGACCCUGAACCCUUCAGAUUUUGUGCCAUUAUCAUGUUCAACACCUAUUCCUCUGCUCGUUUAUCAAUAAACUCACAAAGUUUAUCUGAUGCAUCAACAUCAAUGGAUAUUGAAACAAGUGUGAUUGAUAUACAAACACCAAGUUAUUUAUCAUCUAAAACUCCCCGAAAAGUUGCUCUUCAGGAAAAACUCAAGGAAAGUGAAUGGGUUCAGGCCGAGUUGAAACAAAUUAUUAUAAAUUUGAAUCGACAAAUAGCAAAUGAACCCAACAAUAAAUUGGAUAAUUGCUUGGAAACAUGUAAAGAAUACUUGUCACCUACCCUCUUUAUGAUUGUCAAAUCGCAAAUCAAGAACAAGGAAAGAAAUUAUCGAGGAUUCAGGUAUUCUAAUGAGAUUAAGCAACUUGCUUUAAGUAUUUAUUUUCUAGGUCCAAGAGUAUACAAUUUAUUGCAAAAUCCUCUUUCCCUUCCUGUUAGUCGAACACUUAUAAGUGUAGGAGAGUAA